AUUCUGUCUUGUGGAUUGCGGCGAGGCUGAAAAGAGAUGAAGAUGAAAAUUUAGUGACCACACAAGAAAAUAACCGUACCCACAAACUGACCGAACAGGGUAGAACCAAUUCUAAAAUUUAUAAAAAAUGGUGUUUUAACUUUAAUCCGUGCCAUCGCAAAAGUUUAAAACAGUAUGUGAAGUCGUCCACACCGAAAUCCAGUGUCUAUUGUUGUGAUUUUUUUUCAGUACCUUUUUCGCUAGCCAGACGGAAAUGGAAGGUGAACAAUUUUCUUUAUGUUGGAACAACUUCCACAAUAACCUAAGUUCGGGCUUUCAUUCUUUAUUUAAAGAUGAAGAUUUGGUUGACGUGACUCUAGCUGCCGAUGGGAAGUUUUUGAAAGCCCACAAAACCGUUCUUUCCGUGUGUAGCCCCUUUUUCAAAGACUUAUUUAGGGUGAAUCCUUGUAAACAUCCUAUAGUUAUACUGCCCGAAGUUAAUUAUAACGCUUUGAGUAGUCUUUUACAUUUCAUGUACCAGGGAGAGGUUAGUGUAAGUCAGGAAGAGAUUCCUACAUUCAUGAGAGUAGCAGAGAUGUUGAAAGUUAAAGGACUGACAGAUAAUAAUUCAUCCUCUUCAUCAUCUGAAACAAAUGGUUAUACUAAUAGCAGUAGAAGCAGUUUUGGUUAUCAAGACCAAAGGCAGAAUAUCAUGAAGAGACCUAGACCUGUGAAAAAAAUUAUAAGACCUAUGCAACAACUUAGACCUAUAGAACCUAGACCUAUUAUAGAAAGCCCUAAAUUAUCUAAAUCUCCAUCACCACAUCCAUCUCAGCAAUCACAGACUCAGUCUCAUCAUUCACCAGUGCAGGUGCAGACACCUCCCAUUAAAAAGCCACUUUUAGAUAAUGACCUCCCACAGUCUUCGAUAACACCUAUAAUUCCCAAUAUUAUUCCCAAGUUAGAAGAGUAUACGGAACCUUUAAUCAAACCGAAACUAGAGCCUAUUGAUCACCAUGAUGAAGAGAAUACCUCCCAUUCAGGAGAAGACCCCAAUAUGGAUAUAGCUAGUCUUGCGGACAAUCUGCAAGAAGAGCCAUCUGCUUCUCCAUUCUCGUCCUGGCCUCCUUUUGAUAUGCCCCCUCAAAAUCAGGACUCAUCAUCGCCGGGUCCCAUGUUGGUAAAAAGCGGCAGAGGCCAACUAGUACUAAUCCACAACGGCCACAUAUACACGCUCUGUGAUAAAAAAGACAUCUGCACUCUAUGGGUAUGUGUAAAAAAGAAAACCCUCAAUUGUCCUGGAUGUCUCACCACCCUCAACGGCCUCAUCCUACUCUCCUACACGGCGCACAAUCAUCCGCAGAUGCACGACGUGAUCAAAAAGCUACAGAUGCCUUCUGCCAGAGUAUCUCCGGAGCUGAGCCUAUGAGAUAUCUGAUAAUCUUUAUUGUUUACGAGCAGCUGAGUGGAAAAAAGUAUUUGUUUUUUAUUUAGAAAAAAUUUACGCCUAUGGUUACUUUUUAAAAGAACAAGUUUUAUUUUGCGCAGCGAUGUAUAGCCAAAGAACAAUGUUCCUUUUAUUUUUACACUGAUCAGGAAUGAGUCUAGGAAGUUUUUUUCAUAAAUUUGGAAAGUAACGAAAUAAUUUGUUUAUUAAUGCCACAAGAAAAUGCUUUCAAAACUAUAAUAAAUGUAUUUUUGUAUGGUACAAGCAGUUAAGUUCAAAUUAGCUGUGUAUGCCAUAAUUUUCAAAGAUUUAUUAAAAACGGUUCCCCUAAAUUAUUGCUACGCGGGAGUGACUUUACUAAUUUGAUUUUUAGACACUACUAUUAUUUAUUUAAAUAGAAAAAAACCUACUCUGUAUUAUUUUAUUUACAACACCAACUUUACAAAAACAAUAAACACUUAUAUUUAUAUAACAAUAAAACACUGAAAACUUUUGUUUUCUAUACUUACACAAAAUUUAUUAUAACUAUAUGACUACAGCUGUUUCGGCAGAGUGCCUUUCUCAAGUGAUUUAGUUUACAAUGUGUUUGCCUUUUUAAGGUCUUUAAUUAAACGAAGAGGUUGAGGAGUGGGGAGCUGUUUGUCUCUAGUUGGUCAUUCAGAAUUAUAUCUGUAUUUUUUAAUUUAUUAAUUUCCAUAGAUUCUAAUAAAGAUAGCUAAGGCCUUUAUUUUGAAUAUGCAGAAUUUGAAACUCUUCAUUAAAAGAAUGAUUAUGAUCUAGAAGGUGAAGUGCGUAUGUAGAAGUGUCUGUUUUUCUAUUGUUGAAAGCCCUUUUGUAUUCUUCUAUCCGUUUGUCAAAGGUUCUGCCAGUUUGACCGAUGUAAGUUUUCGGACAGUCACCACAAGUUAGUUUGUAGACACCACUCUGUAGUUGUUUUCUCUUUCGGCUCUUAUUUUUCUUAAUAUAUUUGCUUAAGUUGUUAUUAGUUCUGAAAGCUGGUGUUAUUCCUUUCUUUUUUAUGUAUCUGGCUAUGUUUGUUGUUAUCUUGCCAGUAUAUGUGAUAGAGCUAAAGGUACUGGGUUCUUUCUGUGGUGGUGUAUGUAACAAUUACCAGACUACACAACAAACAUGAGUUCUCCGUAUAUCAUAAACCUACACAUACUGACACAACUGUACACAAUUCAUCAUCCCAUCCUACACAACACAAAUUAGCAGCCUACCAUAGCAUGAUACAUAGACUGACAGAAAUUCCCAUGUGAAAAAAUAACUUCGAAAUAGAACUGAACAUCAUUAAACAAAUAGCAGUAAACAAUGGCUAUAACGAACAAACGAUUAAUAAAAUUUUAAACCAAAAACUCCAUAAGAAAGCCCUGAAAUUAGUCUAUCCACCACCACAGAAAGAACCCAGUACCUUCAGCUCUAUCACAUAUACUGGUAAGAUAACAACAAAAAUAGCCAGAUACAUAAAAAAGAAAGGAAUAACA